UAGAAGAGUACUUUUUGAACAAAAAAUAUGCCUCCCAAGUUCAAGAGCCACCUAAAUGAUGAUGAUGUCACUGGCUCUGUGAAAAGUGAAAGGAGAAAUCUUUUGGAAGAUGAUUCAGAUGAAGAAGAGGGCUUUUUUCUAAGGGGACCAUCUGGACCAAGAUUUGGACCUAGAAAGGAUAAAAUUAAGCAUGUUCAGAAUCAGGUGGAUGAAGUUAUUGAUGUCAUGCAAGAACAUAUCACAAAGGUAAUUGAAAGAGGGGAGAGACUAGAUGAACUACAGGACAAAUCAGAAAUCUUAUCGGAUAAUGCAACUGCUUUUAGCAACAGAUCCAAACAGCUUCGAAGGCAAAUGUGGUGGUGUGGAUGCAAAAUAAAAGCCAUCAUGGUAUUGAUUGCUGCUGUCCAUUUGCUAGUGAUUAUCAUUCUGAUAGUUGUGAGAUACCAUACUUGACUUGAUGGCAGAGCUCCUCAUUAAACAAGAUC